CUUUGAUAGUUCUUUUUUUCUUUCCCACUAAUAUUAUUCUUUCCAAAGGAUAGACUAUAUUGAACCUUCUUUUAAAGCGAUUGACUAGUCCAUAUCUAUAUUGCUACUUAUAUUAACCAUUUCAUAUACAAUUAAUUAUAAACAUGGUUGCCCUCAAUAAAUACUUGAUUGCUGCCACCCUUGCUGCCUCAUCUGCCAGUGCCUUAUCAUUAGGACUGCCAAUGCAACCAUUGAUUGCCAAGGCUGCUGCUAUCUUUGGUAGUAGUGCUCCCGUUAAAAACUUGCAAAUCUCCACCUUUGUUGGUGUUGACGGUUUAGACGAUAGACCAGUCCCAGGUGACUCCCCAAUUGUCCAAUGUCAAGCUCAUGAAAGUCAAAUCUUAACCUUACUGAGUGUUACAAUUGACCCUAACCCACCUACUAGAGGUGCCAACUUGACCUUUAUUGCCGAAGGAUACUUGACCAAGGAUAUCGAGGAAGGUGCUUAUGUAGAAGUGGACGUUAGAUACGGUUACAUUCGUCUUAUUCAUCAACAAUUUGACUUGUGUGAAGAAAUUGGAAAGGUUGAUUUGGAAUGUCCUGUUAAGAAGGGUAAGCAAAUCAUCACCAAAGAAGUUGAAAUUCCAAAUGAAGUUCCUCCAGGAAAAUACAUUAUUAAUGCUAGAGCUUUCACCAAGGAUGAUGAAUUCAUCACUUGUUUGAGUGCAGUAGUUGAUUUCCCACCUGCCUAAUUGGUAUUAGAGACAAUGAUUUGUCAUUUCAAUAAAUAUUAGAGAAAAAA